AUGGAGACUCUGGGGCAGCAAGUAAACAGCAGCGGCCUCAGCCAAUUGUAUAAGACAAAUGACACUAUUAUUAAGGUCUUGGUGCCCAUCCUGGAUGGACUAAUUCUGGUGACUGGUCUGGUGGGCCAAACCCUGGUCAUCACCAUUCUUACUGGCAGGAGGAGGAAAGGGAGCCAACCCCCGCAUGGUACAGACACCCUGCUGCUGGCUCUGAGUGCUGCUGACCUGCUGCUGCUGUUCUGCCUGCCUUUCCACACCUCUGCAAUCACCCUGGGCUUCUGGCCUUUUGGCAGCUUCCUGUGCAAAGCCAUCAGCUUCCUGGGCGUGGCCUGCUCAUCUGCUUCAGUUUUUACCUUGGCAGCACUGGCUGUGACGCGUUACAUCACUGUAGUACACCCCACCUGGGCGUACCGAUCGAGGAUGCACAGACGCAUAAAGCUGACAGUAGCUAUGCUCUGGGUCCCUGCUUCGGCCUUGGCAGCGCCACAGUUUGCCAUCCGUACAGUUACCUCCUCCAGCUCAGAGUACUGUUUCGCCUUCCUGUCUACCUUCAGCCAGCUGGUCUACAGCAUCGCCCUCUUCCUGUUCGGCUUCGCUCUACCACUGGGCAUCAUUGUGCUCAUGUAUACCAAGAUCUACUGUUUUCUUCGACAUGCACGGCUGCUGGGGAACGCUCCCCAGCUGGAGCGCUACCAGAGCCAGGUCACUCAUACUUCAGCUCUCCUGGUCCUGGUCUUCACUCUCCUCUGGCUGCCCUCCUAUGCCCUCAUGUUCUCCUUCAUUGGAGGAACCAUAACAGGCUCACCUGGCUAUAACACCAUUGCGAUCCUGGCCAGACUGUUGGCAUCCUCAGUAGCAGUGGUAAACCCUGUACUAUACGGCUUUAUGUCACAGAAGUUUAGACGAGACUUACUGGAGCUGGGGAGAGGACGCUGGGCAUGGUGUAAAGGCUGUCUGAUUAGCUGUCCUGAUGUGAUGGGCAGGGACCUGGUACAGCCUUUUGAGCUUGACACAACCUCAGAAAGAGGCCAGAACUGACUCUUCUACCAAAAAAAAAAUACGACUACCUCAUUUCUCACUUCAUGCUAAACUAUCUAUUUAUAUAUCCCUAUAUGGAAAUGUAUGUAUGAUUACUUAAGUGAUGUUAAAGAACCUGCCAAAUGACCACUUGUAACUCUCCCCGUGUUACCUUUAAUUCUUGAAGGAAGCUUUUUUUUUUUACUGCUUUUGUGCAGUAUACCUUUAAAUGCAAUUAAGCAUUAUGUACGGAAACAGGUAUAACCUUUGGACAGCAGAAUGUAGUAAAGCAGUAACACAAUGUGAACAUAUAAUCACAUUAUGAUUCUACUAAAAGUUAAUACAUGAUAAUAUUGAUUGAUAAGUCUU